AUGGUUGGCUGCCUUGAGUCCAUACAAAAUUAGUUGUAUAUGAUGUCAGCUGAUGGUGUUACGAUGAAGUGAUACAGACAAUGUACGUGGUUGUGAGGUAGUAGGCUUCGUAGCGUAAACAAUGCUUCUAUAACGUCCAUUAAUCAAUAUAACCAUGGCAUACCAAACAUUCCUACAAGAGUACAUGCAGAUGCCAGUUGUGACCAGGGCGUACACAACGGCCUGUGUGAUUACAACUUUGGCUGUUCAUCUGGAUCUGGUGUCACCGUUCCAACUUUAUUUCAACCCAAUACUGAUAAUGGAGCAAUAUCAGCUCUGGCGACUGGUGACAACAUUCCUGUUCUUCGGGACAGUGGGCUUUAAUUUUUUCUUCAGCAUGAUAUUUACGUAUAGAUAUUGUCGCAUGCUGGAGGAAGGCUCAUUUCGUGGCAGAACAGCAGACUUUGUUAUGAUGUUCCUAUUUGGAGGAUUUAUGAUGAUUCUUUUUGCAUAUUUUAUUAAUCUGCUCUUUCUUGGACAAGCAUUUACAAUAAUGCUAGUAUAUGUGUGGUCUCGAAGAAAUCCAUUUGUGCGAAUGAAUUUUUUUGGCCUAAUGAAUUUCCAGGCUCCCUACUUACCAUGGGUACUCCUUGGCUUCUCAGUACUGCUGGGAAACUCCGUUUGGUUGGACAUAGUAGGGAUGGCUGUUGGGCAUAUGUACUACUUCAUUGAGGAUGUCUUCCCAAAUCAGCAAGGUGGAUUCCGCCUGCUCUCCACACCACAGUUGCUGAAGACGCUGUUUGAUGCGCAGAAUGAUCCUGACUACACGCCGCUACCUGAGGAACGCCCAGGUGGAUUUAAUUGGGCAGAAGCUGAACAGCCUGACCAGCCGCAGUGAAUUUGUGCAUGUGCCAGUCAAAUAAAACAGUUUCCUUCUCUAUUCUCUGCACAGACUCUGCAGACUACUUUCAUAAUUAUUGAGAAGGGGGAAAAAGAGCCUAUUGUUAGACCUGGCAUUGUGGUUCAGAUCACAAUCAGUGUAACCUCUACUGUUCACCAUAGUUUGUAAAUACUGAACCGCCUCUGGUGCAGUGAGGCUAUGGGGCAGUUUAUAACUGCUGGGUCAACUUUAUUAAAUCUCUUUGUGAUGUUCAAUCAAUCACAAUCUCACCAAAGAAAAAAGCACAUAAUAAAUGCAGUGGAAAACUGAGUGAUUCUUCCUUCUGUGAUGUGAAUGUGCUCUACAUACGUAAGUAAAAGUGAGUUUUAUUCCAAGAGCUAUAUAUAUUCACACUGUUGGAUGGUAAGGUGUUAGAUUUUGAUCUACUCUAAAAUUCAGUGACUGUCAUACACUUGACUGUCUCAUUUAUGCACAAAAAUGUAUCCAAUGGAUGUGUUUGGAAUGAAAUGAGAUGUUUACCAAAUGUAAUUAAAUAUUUUAUGUGUAAGUCAGUUUGUUUACUACAAGAUGCCAUGACUUAAUUAGGUCAUUGUUGUUAUUUCAUAAUCAAAACAAUUUGUACCUGAAUACCACAUUAUUUUUAUUUAUAUUAUCUUUCCUGGAACCACACUGAAUGUAUAGUGUGGUACAUGCAUCAAAAUGUGCAAAAAAUAAGAGUUUUCCAAGAGACUGAAGAAUAUUUACCAUUGGUGUCUUAUAGUGUAAUUCACUCGAAACAUGAGGCACAGAUGUAAAUAAAUUUACAUAAAACAUUAUAUUCAAUGAACCUAUUUUGGCUCUGCCAGCAGUAAUGUAAUAUGUGUAUUAGCAAUUGGAAGAUUGGAAUCUUACAAUGCAGAGAAUGUUUAAUGGAAGAAACAGGUGAUGUUAAUAGAAAAGUCUGAAGAGAUUAAUAGAAAGAGUGAAGAGGAGGACUUUACCUGUCUUGUAAUUCCAAGAUGAUACUAACCACUAAUAGAAUUUCUCUGUAAUUGAGUAGAUUCACUGGAAAACAUUUUUACAAAUUCAUUUCAUUUAUAAAAUUUAUUGUGGAGCAUAGUUUAUUUAGUGUGCACUGAGGUGUUGCAGCUUGUAUCAUUAUAUGCCCGAAAACUGCAUGGAACAUUAUCACGGAAUGGUUUCCACUUCUGGCAGAAUUAUUUUCUGAUACUCCCAUUUAGGGCUGUGGAGAAAAUUUGGCUGGAAAACAUCAGUAAGUGAAAUCCUCAGAUUGGAGCAACUGUCUGAACAUAUUGAUGCCUUUUGUAUUUUUCUGUUAUGUUUGCACACAUAAUUUCUGGCCAUGCAGACAUUUAUUUUGUGGGUGUGGCACGUUUGACAGCCACAUAAUACUAGAGAAUUGCUUGUUUAAUUCAUUUUUGAAUAGAAACACCUUUUUAAUAAACUGUAGGCAGCACUUCUCACUAGAUAACCACUUCCAGAGGAGCAUUUCUCAAGGGGAUGAUGUCACCCAUGUCCUCCUAAUUAACUUAAACACAUAUCUAAAUUUGCAAUCUCUGAAAAUGACUACUUCACACAUCUGUUAAAGUUAAUUGUAUCAAAGGGAAUCAAGAAAACUAAUAAAUGAUGAGACAGUA